AUGGCGUGGAGGCGGCUGGCCAGCGGCACGGCGGCGGCGCAUCUCCGCCGCCAUGGCGUCUCCUCCCCGCCAUUCGCGGCCCCCUCCCGCGCCUUCUCCGCCGCCAACCCUACCCGUCUCUUAAAGGGAUUUGGGACCGGCGGCUCCGCCAUCGCUGUGAUGCUGUAUCCGAGAGAGGUUGCUCAGGCAGCUGAACGACCAACAGGGAGCUCAUCACAAGAUAACGCUCUGCUCUCACCAGAUACGAAACAGAGGCUUAGGAAACUGUGGAAUUUGCUCAGGAAAUUUCAGCUGCCUAUCGGUUUGAUUCUUCUGGUUGUGUACAGUUGGAAGAAACCAAUUGUUCUCGCCAUCAACACUUUGCUUCUUCUCUACUCUACAAGGCCGGACCCCUAUUCCAUAUACUUGUUUCUUCAGGAGAUUCAUCAAGGGAAGGUGCAUCAGAAUCCUGCUUUGUGGAGGGAUGAGUUCAUGCAGACAAGAAAAGUUGAUACUGAAGACUACAAGUUCUUUUCUAUCGGGAGAGUUGAAUUAAAGGACGGAACGGUGCUACAUGCCAUCGGAAUUCUGGGCAAUUGGUGGACCUAUCAUGUGUCUUAUGCCAAGAGAGUGCAGCCCAUGUAGCAUUUAAUUUUCGUUCUGAGAAAUGGCUAAUGGACAGUAACUACCUAGAGCUUUUGACAUUUGUAUUAUGUGAACUAUGACUCCGAAUGUUUUAAAGCACUGACUUUUGAUGUAAUGCUAAAAUGUGUUAACAUCACAAGUAUUUCUUGAAGAUCUAGCUCUCUUCUGGUCAACCAUGGAAUCUGUUUGAUGGAUGCAUCGAUGAAGUUGCUUUUCAGAACAAAA